AUGGUCAGCUUGUCUGCAGGAACAGCAUCUGCUGCAGCUGGUGCGUCGGUGCUUGUUCAAGCAGGUGCAUCCUCUUCGCUCUCUGGCGGCAGUAUGUUUGUCCAAUCUGGGUCAGGUGCAUCAACUGGUGAAGCUUUGUUCGGUUCUGCUGCUGCAACAGGCGCGGCCGGCGCGAGUGGCUCAGUAACUGUUACGUCGGGCGAUUCCAGUGGUGUAAGUACAGGGGACUUGACGCUCGGUAGUGGUUCUUCCACCCUUGGAAGCGCGGGGCUCAUUCAAAUUUAUGCUGGCCAGAGCGCCACAGUUGGGUCCAGCGUGUAUAUCCAAGGCGGCCAAAGCUCCACACUCGAUGGCGGUUCAGUGUCCGUUCAAGGUGGUUCUGCGACAAGUGGAGACGGAGGUGGGUUGACGCUAACUUCCGGUGGCGGGGUCACAUCAGGUACAAUUGGCAUCUCGAGCGGAAGUCCCCAAACGGGGGUUAGCGGAGCCAUCGCCAUUCAAACGGGCAACGCAGCUGCCGCAAACAGUGGUGCGCUGUCCCUGUUGACGGGGACGAGCGACUUGGCAAGCGGUGAUGUUGCAAUUGGUGCUGCUGCUGGUGGUGCUCAAGGUGGUUCGGUCAAGCUUGCAGCAGGAAGCUCAACCAAGGGUACUGGUGGCGCUAUCAGUAUCAAGGGUGGCACCAGCACAACCAACACGGGUGGGAACAUUGAUGUAAUCCCUGGAAGUGGUGCUACUUCAGGUUCUAUUACACUUGCUUCACCGGACAAGUCAGGAUCGAUCGUUGUUGGAGGAGAUGGCUCUCUCACUGCAACUACCGCAACAACUGCGACGUUGAACCUUUUUGGUGGCAGUGCAGCCAACAACACGCUGCAAUCUGGAGAGUGGACAUUUAGCCAUGCCGAAUCACCGAUCACAGGCAAUGUGAACUUUCGAAUGCAGAAAGAUCGCAUUGUGAGUCAUGUGCCUGCGUCGUUUCCGGUCUCGACAACCCCGUCAGAUCGUCGAAUCAAGACGGAAAUCGAAGACGUGGACCAGAACGACAUUCUGCACCGAAUGCAAUCCCUUGAAGUCAAGCAAUAUCGGUACACGAAAGAAUGGCAAUCUAUUGGCCAUGUAAACGACGAGAUUGUGCGCGGUGUAAUUGCUCAGCAAGUUGCUGAAACGUUCCCGGAAUACAUUCACCGUUCCGAUUACCACUUCCCCGAAAAGAACUUCACGAUGGGACAAUUUCACGAAGUCAACAAGCACCUCCUCACCAUCGAUUUGCUGGCUGCCAUGCAAGCGCAUCAUCGAAGAUUCACCGUUGGGCGAAACAACGACGCCUCGACUGCUUCGAUUCACCUGACAACGGAAGAUGCCGAGAACAAGGGCACUGGCGAUGUUUUGGUACGAUCGGGCGAGUCCAGUGCGCUCAACUCUGGGCGUACGCUGAUUCAAACUGGCGACGGCGUGCAAACAGGUUCCAUUCUCAUGAACGUUGGCACUGCACAAUCAACUGCUGGGUCGAUUCAGUUGCAUUCGGGCAGUUCGAAGACAAUUGGGGGUAAUGUUCAAAUGGUUAGCGGAAGCGGAGACAAGAGCGGCGCCAUUGGCCUCAAAACUUCCGAGGCUUACCAGAGUGGGACCGUUCACUUGGCGACCGGGCAUUCGAAACAGAAUUCUGGAGUAAUUGCCCUCCGGAGUGGUGACGCUUCUGAGACUACGGGAUCGAUUGAGUUGUCAACUGGCGAUUCAACAAACCAUGAAUCUGGUGCAAUCAAGAUUUCUAGUGGGAAAGGUAUAGUCGGUGGAAACAUCGACAUUGCAUCUGGAAACGGUCCGUCAGCGUCAGGGUCAGUGUCUUUGACGAGUUCCAGCAGCUCAGAGCGUAGUGGGUCAAUUCUGGUAGCCACUGGAUCUGCUCCCACGGAUGGCUCCAUUCAAUUCCGUCAAGGCUCGGCUCUACACAACGCUGGAUUAUCGCUAGACACUAACGUCGUGUUGCAAUCUGGGGGCACGGGCAAAAGUGGUGCGGUUAUCAUUCAAACUGGCCACGAUGUCGUUGAUCAAAGCGGUGAUUUGAAGCUCCAUACCGGUGAAAGCACCCAACAACCCGGCAAGAUUGAUAUCUUCCCUUUGGCUACAACUGGCGAUCACGGAGGUGCCAUUCGUUUGCGUGGUGGAAAUGCCAGUAACUCUGGCGGAGAUGUUCAAGUUCAAGGCGGACACGCAAGUGCAGAUGGGGGUUCCGUCACGAUUUCUUCUGGAUCCAACAAGCAAGGCUUGCAAGGAAAGGUUACGAUUGGUGCUGGCACCGCAGCGGUUGUGACCGACGAUGCAAGUUUGAACGCCAAAGAUUCUGCUGAGAUCGGCAGCUCGAAAAUGACCUUGUCAGGGAGCGAGAGAGUCACGAUUUCAAGCGGAAAUAGUGGCCGCGGAGAAAGUGCUGUGGUCUUGACCAGCGGCGGGUCUGCUACGAGCCAACUUCGGGACGACCCACGAAUUGUUGUUGGUUCCGAGAACGACGGUUCCAUUUCGUUGCAGAGUGGUGCCUCUGCAAAGAAAUCGGGAGAUGUGUCCGCGACGACAAGCUCUUCCUCCACCGAAAGCAGCGGCAAGAUUCGCUUGACGACGGGCGACUCAAAAGCAACAUCUGGCGACUUGGCAUUUCAAACAGGUUCGGCCCAACAGGCCGGAAACAUCCAUCUUAAAGUUGGAACAAGCGACGGCGUCGGCUCGUCCAUCGCACUAUCUGCGGGCGAUGGAACCAAAUCUGGAGGUUCAAUUCACAUGAAAACAGGAUCUGCAGAUGAAUCGGGCAGGAUCCUUCUCGAAAGUGGAUCUAGUCAAGGGAAACUGGGCUCCAUUCAACUGAAGUUGCAAGAAAGCAAAGGCGAAUUGGGUACCAUCUCGCUCGAAACAUCGCAAGGAACGUCUGGUGGUCACAUUCAAUUGAAGACAAGCAAUACAGCAUCAAAUAUUGAAGCAUCUAGUGGCGGUCGAGUUCAAAUCAGCUCCGGAAAAUCAAGCGAUGUGGUUCUUGAGUCUGGUUCCGCCGGGGGCUCCAUUCGCCUGCAAGGUGGAAACGGUGCUCGUUCGGUUGGUGGAAACGUCGAUCUCUUGGCCGGAGAAUCUGGAGCAGUCAACAUUGUUGGAGGGCAACUCGCGGAGGGUACCCAACAAGGAAGCAGUCGUGGUGGUGAUGUUGUCAUUUCAAGUGGUCAAGGAACUUCGCAAUCUGGACAACUAGUCCUCAAGUCAGCUGCUGCGGAUGAAGCCGGUGAUGUGUUCAUUCGUGGUGGCGAAAGUCGUGUGGGUGAUGGCUCAAACCUUCUCUUUACCAGUGGUGGAUCUGUUCAAUCCAAGAGUGGUUCUGCCUUCAUUUCGACACAAAAUGGAAGCCCCGAAAGCGGUGUCGUUUUGGUUUCGUCUGGCCAGGCUAUCAAAUCAUCUGGGAUGGUAAAGUUGACAUCUGGAAAUGGCACAAUGGCAGGCAACGUCGAUGUCCGCGCCGGCACAAGCUCGAGUGGUGUUUCUGGUAUGGUGACCAUUCAAGGAGGACAUUCUGCGCUUGAAAACGGUGGCCAUUUGAAUCUACUCGGAGGCGACUCUGCUGCGAAUGGUGGCGAUGUCAUUGUUCGUGGUGGCACUGGACCGAAAAAAGCAGGCUCUGUUGACGUUUCAGGCGACCAAGUUCGACUGUGGAGUGCCGAAGGCGGUAUUGCCUUGACGACGAGUGGACACCAAUCAUCGAAUGAUAUUACCCUUGCCUCCGAACGUUCCACAACGCAAGGUGGGUCAAUUCGCCUUGCAAGUGGCAGCAGUGACAGUCAAGGUGGCCAUGUUGUCUUGACGAGUGGUUUCUCUGGGUCUGGCUCUGCGGGACAUAUCGAUGUGAUUGGUGGCGGGGCCUCCGAAUCUGAUGGAGGGUCUAUUCAUUUGUCGAGUGGAAUGUCCGAGAAAGGCAAAUCUGGCUCGAUUGAAAUUCAAACGGGACAAGGCGGCACCACUUUGCUGAAUUCCGAAUCGGAAACCAUGAUUCAAGCUGCAACGCUAGACGUCCGAGGAAAUUCUGUGUCCAUUUUGUCAAAGGAUGCAAUGGUUAUGGGAGCAACGAACGGACCUGUUUCCAUUUCUACUGCCAGCAACAAUGUCAAUGGCUCGAUUUCAAUUUCUGCUGGUAAGUCAACUUCCGGGGCUUCUAUCACGAUGCAGGGCGGUGAGUCCACAACAUCCAAUGGCGGCCACGUCGUGAUCAAUUCUGGCAUGGGUGAAACAAUUAGCGGAGGUGUGAACAUUGGUUCUGCUAGUAGCCGAGACAGCUCUGGCUCAGUUGUCGUGAGUACUGGUGCAAGCUCGAUUGGUAACUCUGGCGACAUACAGCUUGAAACAGGCGCAUCUCAGUCCAAUGGUGGCUCAAUCAAAAUUGCAAGUGGUCGUGUCCUUUCUUUGUCAACAAAUGAUAACGGCGGAAUUACAAUCGACAGUGGGCGACUUGGUGAAGUGAAGAUGCGUUCUGGAAGCGAAGGAAUUGUUCGUGUUGCAAGUGGGCAUAGUCCUUCGAGCCCAAGUCUUCAACUCGAUGGCCCCUCUGGCUCUGUGACGCUAUCUGCUGCAUCUGGAGACUCAGCUGGAGCUGCAAUUAUUUCAGGUGGUGAAUCGUCGACAGACGUCGGUGGUCAAGUUGUUGUGACAAGUGGAGGUGGCAAAGUGUCUGGUUCUGUCCAAGUCACGACACCAAGUGCUCCUACUUCUGGUAGCAUUGACAUUUCAACGGGCUCCAGCGAUUUGUCUGGUGCACUUCAGAUCUCUACUGGCGCCGCUACAUCGUCUUCAGCAGGAUCGAUCGCCGUGCGUGCAGGAUCAUCGCUUUCUGGUACCCCUGGUGGAGUGGAAUUGCUCGCCGGAGAUGGUUCUGCCUCGGGUGGGAGCGUUUUGCUCCAAUCGGGUACAGGACUCCACACCGGGGGAAGCCUAGCUCUCCGCAGUGGCAACUCGUCAUCUACUGGUGGCGAUGUUGGCAUUGUGUCUGGGCGGGGUACUGACGCCAGCGGAAACAUCGUAAUCCAAACUGAGUCCGGCGUCACGUCGGGGUCAGUGCAGCUUCGAUCUGACCAUGGCACGAAGGAAUCUGGAGAAGUGAAGAUUUCCACCGGUGGCUCUGACAUCAAGUCAGGAUCGGUUGUCAUAUCCAGCGGUGAUGCGGCAUCUAGUGGCUCCAUCAUGACUUUGGCUGGAAGUGGCGCUGAUGUGAUCACCAAGGCUGGAAACAACAAAAUCCUUGGAGGUAACAUUGUGCUGACGUCGGGAAGUGGCACAUCGUCUGGAGGUAACUUCGAGGCCUAUGGCGGUGCUGGCUCUGUGGGCGGCCGUACAAUUGUCUCUGGAGGUCGUGGGCAAAGCUUCAGUGGUGGCACCUUAGCCCUUCAAGGUGGGCAAACUACAGGCUCGGGCACCGGUGGGGAUGUUCAAGUCGUCGGUGGUGAAUCAACCAACCAAGGAGGAUCCGUAACAAUCCAAAGUGGGGAUGGAUCUGCUGCUGCCGGAGAUGUUGUGCUCAAUGCAACGCCUACGGCGUCACAGCAGGGAGGCAAAUUUUCAGCGUCAGCGGGAGGCAUCCGUUUGACGACCAGCUCAUCCAACGAUGGGGGACAUUUUGAAGUCAACGUUGAACCGUCGCCAUUACUCCAGGGAGGCAAUAUAGUGUUCUCGUCAGGGCAAAGCAUUGGUCAAGGCGGCGACUUUACCGGUUUGGGUGGUGUUGGAACCACACAAGGCGGUUCGAUUCGUCUGAGUGCUGGUUUGAGCCAAUCCAUCGGAGGGAAUUUGGAAUUUAGCAGUGGUGGUGGUGACGCGAGCAGUGGCCACAUCAAGUUAAUAUCGCCCCGCUCCGCUGGACAAAGUGGCGAAAUCACACUGUCUUCGUCCAGUGGCUCUACCUCUGGAUCCAUUUCGAUGUCAACUGGAGAUGGAAAUACUGUUGGCAGUAUCGUGUUGUCCACUGGGACAUCAGCGGCAACGGCCGGCGAUGUCAGAAUUACCACUCAAAACGACGGAAUUUUGAGUGGAAGCGUCAAAGUCGACACUGGAGCAGGUGAUUUUAGUGUGACAAGUGGCCCAAUCAACCUUGAGAGCAUGAAAGGGAUUCAAGUGUCGUCAUCUAACCACGAUAUCGUCGUUGAAUCUGCCAAUGGAGGAAAUAUUCGCCUACAAGGUGGCGAGUCUCUGUCCAACCCUGGCGCGUCAAUUUUGCUGUCAUCUGGCGAUGGCUUGAUGAAUGGAAGCGGUGAUAUUGUCUUGUCGACACCAAAUAACGUGCAACAGUCUGGAAAGAUCUCCCUCACAACUGGUGCUGCGCCCCAGGGUGGAGAAAUCGAGGCUUCAACCGUUGGUUCGGUAAAGAUUCAUGGUGGUCGAUCAGGAAGUUUGAGCAUUUUCAAUGGGUCCAUGGCGUUGGUUGCUGGGGACUCCCAAACGAGUGGUCGGCUUGAAUUACACUCCAGUGGACAAGUCGUGAUUUCAACGAAAGCGCAAGAUUCCGUUUCAGGAGCCAUUUCUGCAAUCACUGGAGUGUCGAAGAUCCAAUCUGGUCAAGCGCUGUUUGCCAGCGGAGAGUCUGAACGAAGCAGUGGAGAUGUCAAAAUCACCAGUGGAGACAGCACUUCAGCCACCGCUGGGAACGUUUUCAUGGGAACUGGAAUGUCAAAUUCAGUCGAAGGAGCUCGACUGUCGUUGUCGGGUGGCUCGAACAAGGCUGGAAAAGGCAGCACCUUGUCCUUCACUGCAGGUGAAGGCACAGCUGGCGGCGAGAUUCGUGUUUUUGGUGGCCAGGCCCUAACGAACGGUGGCAACGUUCAUAUUGCUGGUGGGAAAAGUGAUCGGAUGGCAGGCGCCGUUCUUAUUGAAGGGGGUACAAGCCAAGAUCAAGGCGGCGACUUGAGUUUGACCGGCGGUGAAAGCGGUGCAAACGGUGGCGGCGUUACCGUAUCUUCAGGCUCUGGCGACAAGUCCAGUGGCGAAUUACUCGUGCAGUCAUCAAAUUCGGCAGUAAGUGGCACAGUUCAGCUCCAAACUGGAACUGGAUUGACAACAUCGGGAAGCGUUUUGCUCCACACUGGUGCUGCCCAAGGAAGUGGAUCCAUUGAUAUUUCAACCGGGCAAAGUGCGUCGUGGUCAGGAGGUGUAUCAUUCAAGAGUGGCCGUGGUACUUCGAGCGGCGAUGUUGAAGUGUCGGUUGGAUAUUCCCACGCAACAAGUGGAUCUUUAAGACUUAUGGGUGGUGCCUCAGAAAUUCGUACUGGAGGCUCUGUGAUCCUUACGAGUGGAGCAAGCGAAUCAAGUUCUAGUGGUGAUGUUGCUGUUGUGACUGCACGGUCCAACUCUGCUCAAUCGGGGACACUUUCUCUGGGAACUGGGGAUGCCAACACUGGCGGCUCUGUUCAAGUUCAAGUUGGGUCAAGCACGUCGGGUCAGGGCGGUCACCUUUCUCUUCGUGCUGGCAACGCUGAAUCGCACAAGGGUGGCGACGUCGGGAUUUCUGCUGGAUCCAGUCCUCAUGGUGCUGGAGGGUCGAUUCGCAUUCGCAGCGGAGCGUCGACUACUCAAGCUGGUGGAUCGAUCAGUAUUGACAACACCGAAGAAAAUGGUCGAAGUGGCAGCAUUUCAUUGCUUGCCGGACAAGCUGGAUUUGUGAACAUUUCUACUCAAUCCAACGGGACGAUCUCGUUGAAUACUGAGGGUGGUAAUGUGGAAACAGUGUCGAAGAGUAAAGUUUUGGCACAUGGUGAUGACCGCGUCAAGCUGAGCUCUCAAAACAAAGUCGAAUUGACAACUCAGAGCAGUGCUCAUAUCAACUUGGACGGUGAUGUGGACAUUGCAAGUGGUCAAGACCGUUCCAUCCAAUUGAUGAGUGGGGGAUCAAUGGUGCAAGAAGGCAGCUUUAUCAGCCUUCGAACACGGAGCUCGAAAACCACUGGUUCAAUACGACUAGAAACGGGAGAUUCGGAGGCCUCAGGAACUGGUGCCAUCGAACUCGUGUCUGGCCCAGCCGCGGACAAGUAUUCAUCUGGCCCGUUGUCGUUGUCCACCGGGUCAAGCCUUGGCAGCUCUGGUGACGUGCAUCUGAAAGCUGGGGAGGCUUCGGUACGUGGAGGGGCGCUGGAGUUAAUUGCUGGCGCUGGUUCCCUUGGUGGUGCAGCCCUCCUUCAAGGCGGAAGUGGCAAAAGUGGAGGCCAUGUCCAAGUCGUUGGUGGAUCAUCAUCCGAUUUUGGUGGCGAUGCUGUCGUUCGCGGUGGGCUCACCGGGGCUUCAAUCAAGGUUGGCGGUAACAGCAUCACAAAGGGUGGCGUCGUGAACCUAUUCGCUGGCACCGCUGACGAGCUUGGUGGCGACGUCUUUCUCUCUUCUGGAGGUGGAUUAAGCUCCGGUGUUAUUGCGGUCGAAACCAUGAGAGGUGAACACAUUUCUGGAUUGUUCGCUGUAAAAACUGGAUCAGCAAAGACGCAAACAGGAUCGAUUGCGCUUUCUUCUGGCUCACAAGCGGACACAUCGGGAGAAGUGCUGAUUUCCACCGGAACAUCAAAGUAUUCGGCGGGAGGCAUUCAGUUAACCGCCGGGGCGAGCGACGCUGCAGCUGGUGGUGAAAUUGUACUGCGUGGGGGAACUGGACAUGUUGGUGGCUCAAUUGAUAUCAAGAGUGGCGUCGGCUCAGCUGGUAGCGGUGGCGACGUGACAAUCGGUGCAUCACCCUCAACUACCGCUCCCGGCAGCAAAUUGUAUUUGUUUUCUGGGUCUGCCGCUGAUCUAUCACAGCCUGGCGGUGGUGUUGAAAUUGCUGCGGGAGACGGACUUGUUGGCGGCAGUCUGGCAAUUAGCUCAGGUGGGGGCGCAACCGGUGGAUCCGUUGCCUUGCGAAGUCAAGGUCGAGACAUUUCCGGCGACUUCGAAGUUCUCACCUCUGGUGCCAUGAUGAAAUCGGGAAGCGUUGCUGUUCGAACUGGUUCAAGCGUUGGCGGAAGCUCUGGUCGCGUUCGACUGCAAACUGGUGACAGCACUCAAGCUGGUGGGAUUGACAUCGUACAAGGUUCGAGCACGACAAAUGCAGUCGAUGGCGUUUCGAUUCUCAGUGGCUCGACGACCGCUGUCAAGGGCGCCAACAUUCGAAUUGAAUCUGGCGCGGGAGCUCAAUCCUCGGGCGACGUUCGAGUGGUUACGGGUCAAAACGCCGGAACAAGCGGUGAUGUGACCUUCAGUACUGGCGACAGCGACCAAUCCGGUGGAGUUGUACUCUCUACGGGCGAUUCCUUGGAAUCUCCUGGAAGUAUGAAGAUUCAACCUGGUUCGUCGAAGGCUGGGAUCGGCGCUACCGUUUCAAUUUCAGGUGGCGGCUCUGAAAAACGUUCAGGAGGCGCGAUCCAAGUCACCGGUGGUUGGAGCCAACAUGGAAUUAGUGGUGCUGUAGACAUUUUGUCAUCGGAUGGGUUCCUGGGAAGUGGAGGAAUUCGACUUGUUUCUGGAGCCAGUGAAAGGGGACCAUCUGGCAGCAUUCUCGUCUCAGCUGGACCAUCGUCUGCGCCAACGGGUUCGCAAGUGAACAUUUUUGCAGGACAAGGAUUGUCCGGCGGUGCAAUUGCUAUUGCUGGUGGAAAGGGCCUCGACCAUGAUGGGGGAAUCGUUGAGGUUACAUCUGGGCCAGGAAAAGCAAUUUCUGGAUCAGUGUCGAUUUCAACUGCUGAAGGCGCAACCAGUGGUGAUAUUGCCAUCACCACACGUACUGCGAGUACAGCAAGCGGAUCCAUUACGAUAAAAUCCCAACCUGCCGUCAAGACUGGCCACAUCACCAUCGAAACAUCCAACGGCGACACCAACACAGGUUCAGUAUCCAUAUCAACUGGAGCAUCCCAAGGUCAAGUCGGAGCUGCAGCAAUUCUUUCUGGAUCAAGCAUCAGUCAAACUGGUGGUGAGAUUCGCGUCGUUGCGGGCGGAUCGGAAGCAAGUGUUGGAGGCGUUGUCCACAUUGCAGGUGGUCGCAGUUCCAGUACGGGCGGCUCCGUCGAUGUGCUGGGAGGCGAAGCAACAGCUGUCGGUGGUGGCGUUCGAGUACGCAGCGGACCAAGCGGUGUUGGAGUAUCGGGCGACGUGCAAGUGGAUACGUCGGAUGGUGCUGCUAGCGGAAACGUCGUCCUUGCGAGUGGUCGCGCCACGCAAAGUGGGUCUGGCAGUGUGAUAAUUUCUUCCGGACCUUCACAAGCCAGUACUGGAUCAGUCAAGGUCACUGGUGGUGCGAGUGCUUUGGGAUUGGGCGGCAACAUUGACGUCCAAGCUGGAACGGGUGCCACGGGUGGCAGUGUGUCGAUCCAAAGUGGGAUGGGCGACGUGUCGGGCUCAGUUACUGUGCAAUCGGUGACAUCGUCGACAGUGAGUGGCACUGUUGCGGUCCACACGGGUGACAGCUCAUCGACUUCUGGUUCGCUCCAACUCGGUUCUGGCUCGGCGGGUGCCGGCACGUCUGGCGACGUUGUGGUGGCAUCUGGUGGCAGCACCAACGCUGUCGGCAGGGUGUCGAUUCAUGGUGGCCGUGGAAGCAGCCAAGGCGGUCAGGUAGAUGUUGCGUCUGGGAACAAUGCCGACCUGGUGCUGCGGACGAUUGGGAGCCGCAACCAACUUGCAGGAAGUGUGAAGCUUUCUGCAGGAGACAGUUCUGGAGGCCCACUCGGUGCUGGCGUGGAAAUCGUCGGUGGUCGCGUGAUCGAUGCCCGAGACGCUGCGGCGGCUGGCGGAGUGCGCCUCGUCGGCGGCAAUGGUGAAGACCGCGUGCUUGGAGGUGAUGUUUCCAUUCAAGGUGGACGGUCGACUGCUGCAGGCGGCUCAGUUCGUGUCACCAGCGGCUCGGGUGGUACGCGCAGUGGUGACGUGACUCUCGGAUCGGAGGUCAGCAGCGAAAGCGGAACUGUGUCCAUUCGUACCGGUGCAGGCACUGCGACGUCAGGAGCCCUGUCGUUGCAAAGUGGCCCCUCGGAGACUUCUGCUGGGCCGGUGCGUGUUGCUACGGGUGCCAGUGCGGGUGACGUUGGUUCGCUCGACAUUGAAGGUGGAGAGAGCUCCAGUGGCAUCGGUGGCCGUGUUGUCGUCAAUACUGGCACUGGAAAGCUCUCGAGCGGAGCUCUGGAAUUGUCAACUGGAGCGUCUCCAACAUCUGGCACAGUCGCAAUUGCUUCUGGCAAAUCGUCAGACAAGUCUGGGUCUGUCUCAAUCGCGUCGGGGACGUCAAAGGCGACGGCAGGCGCCGUGUCCAUCCAUGGUGGCGAGGGCGAUGUCGGUGGGUCUGUGGCGGUUGGUGGCGGCGAAGGUGUGCAGCAGAGCGGGUCCGUUCGCAUCACGUCUGCGUCCACGACCGUACAAUCUGGUGGUAUCACACUGGCCUCGGGAGACGCGUCCGAUGUGUCGGGCCUGAUUCAGGUGACCACUGGGGAUGCACCUCAAGCAGGUUCGCUUGUGCUCGGCACGGGCGUCUCCCAGGGGCCCAACACUGCAGGCUCUGUGACAAUCCAAGGCGGGAAGUCCGACCUGAUUGGUGGCAAUGUGGCUGUUUUGAGUGGGGCCGGUGAGGCGAGUGGUGAACUCCUUGUACAGACCUCGUCAUCGCGUCGCUCGGGCGAGGUGGUGAUUGGAUCAGGAACGAGUGCCACUGAAUCGGGCCGUGUGGGUCUGGUGUCUGGAGCGGGUGAGUCGUCAGGACAAGUGGAGAUCACGUCGGGCGAUGCAACCAAGCUCCGCUCUGGCGCUGUUCGCGUGACAAGUGGUACAAGUGCCAGCUCUGGUGAGUUGGAGCUGUCGACGGGUGUAUCCUCUGCGGCAUCUGGCGUUGUGUCGAUCUCGUCUGGAGCGGGUCCUCAGGCGUCUGGUGCGAUCCGCAUCGAGAGCGGAGCUGGGAUGGCGUCUGGCUCAGUUGCAAUUUUGAGUGGCGAUGGCUCUCAGAGCACUGGCGACGUAACUGUAGCCACGGGCAAGUCGGGCAGCUCGUCGGGUGCCGUGCAAUUGACGUCUGGUCCGACGGCUUCGGUGGAGUCGGCUUCGAUGACACUAGCUGGACAGGGCAUCACGAUUGCUUCUGGUGCGAGCAAGACGGGGUCGUUUGUUCACUUGCGGGCUGGUAAGGCGACAUCAGGAGAGACUGGUGGUGCCGUGGAAAUUGUCAGUGGUGGUGGGGCCAUGAGCGGCCCUCUCCGUGCUGAGUCGGCGACAGCUGCAUCCUCGGGUGACGUGUCCUUCGCGUCUGGCGAAGGGUCGACGGACUCCGGCGCUGUAGUUGUGCAGUCCGGAUUCGGCGGUGCCUCGUCUGGCGCUGUAGAUAUCCGCACUGGCGCGAGCAACGGAUCGACUGGGAAGGUUGGCAUUACUUCUGGCCGCAGUGAAGAAGCCACCGGAGGCGACGUGAGCAUUUCGAGCGGGGGAUCAAGCAAAGGCGUCGGUGGCACGAUCACCUUGUCGUCGGGUACAUCGCCCCAGGCCGGCAGCAUCCUGCUGAAAGUGGGUGAUGCAGCAACAAACGCUGGAACGAUUCAACUCAAGUCGGGUUCGGCAACGGCUGGUGAAGGUGGACCUGUCAUCCUUUCGGGUGGCGAGUCUUCCACGUCGUCUGCGGGUGGGGCCAUUGAAGCAAUCGGUGGCACUAGCCAAGGACAAGUGGGUGGUGGUGUGCGAUUGACCUCGGGCAGUGGCUCCAGCGGCAGUGGAGCGGCUCGAGUGUCGACUGCUGACAGUUCGAAGCGCACGGGCGACCUCUUGUUGGAAACUGGCGCUGCGGACGGGGUCAGUGGCAACAUCAAGCUGUCCGUGGGAAGCGCGGAAGACAAGGUCGGCGCGUUGGUCGUCUCUGGCGGCGACUCGGUUGCAUCCAGCGGCGGAAACACGUUUGUGCAAGCUGGGUCUGGGGUUGUCGGUGGGGACGUGGCAGUUGAUGCUGGUGUUGGCUCGUUGGCCGGAGGCGCCAUCAAGAUUUCCAGUGGACGUUCGUCGACCAUCAGCGGGGGCAACGAAAUCACGACUGCCCAGGCCCCGCGCAGUGGGCAAUUGUCGUUGAGCACGGGGGCUUCGGAAACUAGUGGCAGCAUCCAAAUCAGCUCUGGCAGUGCGACGACGUCUUCGGGUACCAUUGCGUUGGUGCCAGGGUCGUCGUCCAGUGUUGGAAAUGUGGUGGUGUCGGGUGGCGAGACCAGCGAUAUUGGAGGCCAGGUUGAAGUGUCCGGUGCGACCAAUGUUGGCACGCAAGCAGGCAGCUCAGUUGUUGUUCGUGGCGGCGACAGCCGUGCGUCUGUCGGCGGCGAAGUUCGUGUGUCGUCUGGACGAGGCGAAGUCAGCGGCACGAUUGAAUUGUCUACGGCUGACAGUGUAACGAGCGGCGAUUUGGUCCUUCGAACGGGAUCUGGCGCUGCAAAGACUGGGAACGUUCAAGUGUCUGCGGGCGAUGCAACCAGUCGUGGUGACUUUGCUGUCACAGCAAGCAACACUCGAGUUGAAGCGACAGACGGUUUGGCUGCCGUCCAUGGACCAACAGUGCGUGUGGCGGCAGCUCAAGGCAGUCUCAACUUGCUGACCGAAACGACGGGCGACGUGGUCAUCGCAACUGGUGACAACAGCGGCGCAAGCUCAAACGUCACGAUCCAAGCAGGAACGAGUUCGUCGAGUCAAGCGGGAUCGAUUGAGUUGAAGGGCGGUCGUGGUGUGGCCGGUGCAGUCGUAUUGCAGGGUGGUGACAGCUCCACUGCCAACGGAGGCUCAGUGAAGAUAACGUCUGGCCGCGGCGAGACUGCUUCGGCAGUUGAGGUUGCCGUCGGUGCGUCUCGUGGGCAAGGAGGAGUCCUGAGUUUGCAUGGUGGAGAUGGCGCAUCAUCAGGCGGCACGGUGGAGUUGGCUGCAGGUCAAGGAUUGUCUGGCGCUGGGGGCGACGUUGUGAUCAACAGCGGCGCCAACGGCGGGGCAGUGCGCGUCCAUGCCAGUGAUGUGCUUUCUGCAGCAGCCUCGUUGGUUACCGUGGAUGGCGAAUCUGGCACCGAAAUUUCCAGCCAAGACACCGUGCAAGUGCAAGCGGCAAAGGCUGUGCACUUAUUCGCGUCGUUGCGGGCGGAUCGGAAGCAAGUGUUGGAGGCGUUGUCCACAUUGCAGGUGGUCGCAGUUCCAGUACGGGCGGCUCCGUCGAUGUGCUGGGAGGCGAAGCAACAGCUGUCGGUGGUGGCGUUCGAGUACGCAGCGGACCAAGCGGUGUUGGAGUAUCGGGCGACGUGCAAGUGGAUACGUCGGAUGGUGCUGCUAGCGGAAACGUCGUCCUUGCGAGUGGUCGCGCCACGCAAAGUGGGUCUGGCAGUGUGA